UAAAAUGCACCGCCCCCUCUCAGUCACUCCCAAGAUGGCGGACCUACUGGGCUCCAUCCUAAGCUCCAUGGAGAAGCCACCCAGCCUCGGUGACCAGGAGACGCGGCGCAAGGCCCGAGAGCAAGCUACCCGUCUGAAGAAACUACAAGAGCAAGAGAAACAACAGAAAAUAGAAUUUCGUAAAAGGAUGGAGAAAGAAGUGUCAGAUUUCAUCCAAGACAGUGGGCAGAUCAAGAAAAAGUUUCAGCCUAUGAACAAGCUAGAGAGGAGCAUACUACAUGAUGUGGUGGAAGUAGCAGGCCUAACAUCCUUCUCCUUUGGGGAAGAUGAUGACUGUCGCUAUGUCAUGAUCUUCAAAAAGGAGUUUGCACCUUCAGAUGAAGAGCUGGAAUCAUACCGCCAUGGAGAGGAGUGGGAUCCCCAGAAGGCUGAGGAGAAGCGAAAGCUAAAGGAGCUGGCCCAGCAGCAGGAGGAGGAGGCAGCCCAGCAGGGACCUGUGGUGGUGAGCCCUGCCAGUGACUACAAGGACAAGUAUAGCCACCUUAUUGGCAAAGGGGCAGCUAAGGAUGCGGCCCACAUGCUACAGGCCAAUAAGACCUAUGGCUGUGUGCCUGUGGCCAACAAGAGGGAUACACGUUCCAUUGAAGAGGCCAUGAAUGAGAUCCGAGCCAAGAAGCGUCUGAGGCAGAGUGGGGAAGAGUUGCCAACUAACUCUUAGGAACCCCACCAGCUCCCUUUGACCUCUUGGGGCAGGGCAAGGGGUAGGGAGGGAGAAGACUGCUGCUAUUAGGACCCAUCCUGAAGCCCCACUCUGGAACCACCUUCUGCCAACUGUCACUCAGGCUGGGGGGAAGCAGGUGUUUGUCACUGUUGGAGCGUGGAUAUGUAUAUGUGUGUAUAAUUGUGUGUAUGUGUGAUGUGUGUGUAAAAGAGUGAAUGCACAAGUGGAUAUUUAAUCUGUAUUAUUCUCUGUUCUUGGAAUUUUCUUCCCCAUGGGGCUGGGUUGCUUUACAUUCAAUAAACACUGUUUGACCCAACA